UCGGGAUCCACAAGUCUUCUUCGGCGCCAUUUUCAAAUGGCUUUGGCGCCGAAGAAGGGGAGCUCGGCCUAGCUGCGAGCUUACGGGCCAAGCGUCGUAUUACUGCGACCAGCGGUGAACUAAUGAGACGCGGAAGCGGCUAAAUCCGUACAAUUUAAACUCAUUAUCGAGACGAAGUCCGUGUGCUAUAAGCGCUCGCCAUCUAGCCCAUCUGGAAUAAAGAUCUUUUUUUUUAUGUUAAUCUGCCCCGAAUGCAGUUCAUUAGCCAGUCGAGCUAUAGGUAGCGCGGGGGAUUUGAUUAAUAGUUAGAUUUUCAAGGCUUUAUUUCACAUAAUUCAUUCAUAAAUACCGUUACAAUAGCAAGCUACAGCUUGGGUAAUGUAUGGUUCGAUGAUUAGAUUUUAUGUUUGUAUUUACGGCUUUUCUUGCUUUAUUUGUUUACAUUUGCCAGCGUUAGCUUGUUGCUAAGCGUUGCAAAACAUUGUUGACGUUAGCUUCCAAGCUUAACAACAUCGCAGAAUCAGAGGAUGCUUUAUUGUAAUAUAUCGGGUGGCCGUUUUAACUGCUUGAGAUAGUAUUCCCCCGUUUGAAAGAGACGUCGAAAUAUAUAAAUAUCAAUGAGCACCAACACCGAAAGGAAGUUGGCCAACCUGCGGAAACGGCUGGACCAGCUGGGCUACAGGCAGCCUUUGGGUAGCGAAUCUUUUCCUUUGGUGGAGAAGCUUUUCAGUGAUUUAGUUCACACCACAGAAAGCCUUCGCAAUGCCAAGCUCUCUGUGGGGAAGACUGAAAAGGACACCCAGCACCUGGACACAGUGCUGGAACCAUACCGUGUGGAAAAUGCCCGUUUGGUCAAGGAGAACAAUGAGCUGCAUCUGGAUUUACUCAAGAUGAAGGAGGACAAGGAUCGUGUGUGCAGAGAGCUAAAAUCCCAAAUCAGGAAGUUGGAGCACGAGGCCACCGACCUGAAGUUCUUGAACAACCAGUAUGUGCACAAAGUACACUCCAUGGAGAAGGCUGACAAGGCCAAAAUGGAGCGCAUCCAGCAGCUGCAAGAGAAGAACAUGCAUGCGGUGGUGCAGACACCAGGGGGCAGGAAGCGGACGAUUCCUUUCAGGAGGCAGCGGAUGCAGAUCGAUGACCUCAUCCCUCCUUCCAAUAGCCGCUUGCUGCCUGUAGCCCAGCCUGAGGACCCAUAUGUUGCUGACCUGCUACUGGUGGCUGAUGAGAGGAUUCAGGAAUUGCAACGUGACGUGACCAGGUUAAAAAUGGAGCUGGACAGAGCGCAGGAUGGAAUCAAACACCUGAAUUUGCAGGUGGAGGAACGAGACCAGGAGGUCGAGCGGCUGGCACGGGCUCUGGAUGGUGGUCGCCCUCAUGACGUCAUCACCCUCGAAGCUCAGAAUGUCAGCAACGAGAAGCUGAUCGCCCACUUGAACCUACAGAUCGAGUACCUCCAGGAUGCUAAUGCUGCUCUGAAACAGCAGCUGCAGGGUCAUAAGCAGACUGCAUCCUCUGAAGUAACCAACCUGAACAACCAGAACCAGGAACUGUGCCAGGAACUUUCUCACAUUGACCAGCUGGCCCGGCAGCUGCAGAGGGAUAAAGACCUGGUUCUGGCAACAGCAGACCAGGAGCUGCUGGAAGCCAAGAAAGAGAUGCUGUGGCAACACAGACAGAUAGAAGACUUGAAGGAUGUUGUUAGUAAACUGAGAAAAGACCUCGCGGAGAGUGAGGAUGACAGGGAAGAGCUGCGGUCUCGGCUAGCGGAGAUGGGCGAGGAAAACGAGAAGACGAAAACAUCAAUGAACUUCCUGGAGGAGCAGAAGAGGAGGCUGCAGGAGAAGGUGGAGAAGAUGACUGACACUGAGAAGGAGCUGGUUCUGGAGCUGGAACAAAUGCGGAUUCAGCAUGGCGUCUGCAGGAAAGAGCGCUCUCCGUCGCGUCUCGAUGCUUUCGUCCGCAGUUUGGAGGAGGACCGAGACUUUUAUAAACAAGAGGCUGAGCGUCACCAGUGGGCUGGGCAGCGAGGUGUGGCUGUGAGUCCUGGAGGGGGUGUGGCCAAGAGUCCAAGGAGAGGAGGCAGGGCCAGGAGUCCCGGCAAAGGAGGUGCUAGCACGAAUGAGGAGCUUCAGCGUGCGGUGCAGGAGAGGGACGAGCUCCAGUUGGUACUGGUCGAUGUGGAGAAACACAUGCAGGAUAUCCAGGCCAGAGUGAGAAUGCUGACAGCUGAGAGGGACUUGCUGAUCUCGCAAAACCAGCAGGCUCAGGAGGAGCUCCUGCGACUACACAGAGAAGUGGGGAGGCCACCAGUGGAGAAGGAGAAUGUGGAUACCGAGUUGCAGAGGAUGGCUAUGGAGCGAGAGAGAAUACAGGAACAGCUAAAGGUGGUGCUAUCCAACAAGGAGGAGGAGGAGAGAACCAUGCAGAACCUCAGGAACACUAUUCAGGCGUUAGAAGAUGAGAGGUCAGCCUUGCGCUCUCAGGUGUCCAUGGUAAGAGAGAAGCAGGCUUCCCUGGAGGAGGAGCUGAAGUCCCGGGUUACAGCGCUGGUCCAGAUGGGGGAAGAGGCAGCCCAAACGAGAGCAGAGGCAGACGCUCUCCGGUUACUUCAGGAGCAGAUGGAGCAGACUCUCUCGGACAGCCAGCAACGCCUGUCUCUGAAGAAGAACGAGCUAAUGGUGGCUCAUCACAAAAUAAGGACUCUUGAAGAGAAAAUCGGUGAGCAGGUACAGCAGAACUCCUCCAAACGCGAUCAGCUGACUGCGGUCCAGAGGACCGUGUCCGCUCUGGACCGUGAAAAGGAUGCACUGCAGGCCGAGGUCGACCAGAAGACCGAGAGCAUUGUUGUGUUACAAGAGGAGAUUGUCAGUAAGGAGAAGACGCUUGCAGAAGUCAGGAUCACCGUCACUGACAUGGAGGCUUCCCUAGAGAAGCUGCAGGCAGCGCUAAGGGGACGAGAACGUGAGAUCGGGAGCCUAAGGCGACAGUUGGAUGCAGCCCAAGAGGAGCUGGCAGUGGUGGUAAAGGAGAGAGAAGUGAUCCUGAAGGAGAACAGGAGACUGCAGGACGAUCUGGCAACCAUGACCGGAGAGAACCAAACGGUCCAUACUGAGCUGGAGGAGGCAAUGCACCAAAAAGAUGAGCUGAAGAUGAGGGUUCACUCUUACAUCGCUGAAGUGGCAAGGGUGGAGAGUAUGAUGGCACUUAAGGAGCAGGAGAACCGGGACAUCCUCGAGAGAUUUCGGACGGCGCACUCUCAGGCCGAGGACUGGGAAGCGAAACUUCAGCAAGUGGAGGGGCUCAACUCCUCAAUCCGUCUGGAGCUGCUCGCCACAGACACUGAGCGUCGGCACCUGAGAGAGAGGGUGGCACACCUCGAGAGGGAGAUCCAGGAGCACCUGAACGCCCAGCAGGCCUAUGAGAUGCAGGCGUCCUCGCUGGUGAAGAGCCUGUCGCGGCUGGAGGAGGAGCUACAGGCCGCCCAUGCAGGGAAAGCAGCUGCCCUGGCAGACCUGGCCUCUGUCAGAGAGCUCUGCGUCAAACUCGAUUCUUCCAAAGAGGCCACGGCCCGCAAGCUCGCCUCCAAGAGCAUGGAGCUGGAGAGGCUGGUGGCAGAGCUGGAGGACGUGCGCUCAGAAGCAGACCUUUUGAGGAAGCGGCUGUCGGACGAGCACCAGAACGUGAAGAAUCUGGAGUUGUUGCUGUCCAACGAGCGGCAGAAGGAGUUCCAAACCCAGCUGGGCAGCAGUGAGAAGGAGGCAGAGGUCCGGACCCUGAGGGACCGCCUGGCCUUAGCGGACGGCAGAACGGCAGGGUAUGUGAAGGAGGUAUCCCAGCUCCGAGCUAAAGUCUCUCAGAUGCAGGCGGAGUUGGACAUGUUGAAGAGGCAGUUGACCACAGAACGCUUUGAGCGGGAACGAGCAGUGCAGGAAAUGCGCCGGCAAGCUUUGUCCUCCUCCACCCUGCGUAGCUCCUCCCCCUUAAGCUCCUCCCUCGGUCCCCACCGCCUUUCGUCCGAACAUUCCACCCUGCGGACUUCAAACUCUACAGAGAAAGUCAACAAGUCCCUAGAGAAAAAUGGAUCUUUAAGCAUCAGAGACAACCAAGAAAGUAUCUAAGAAGUGAUACUACUUUUCUGGGACCUCCUUGGAGAAAUGCCAGACUGCUGGGCAGUGCUCAGUUCUGUGGUCAGAAAGGUUUAUUUAUAAAUAUCAACCUAUUCCCAUGUGAAUGUUGUAGUGCCAGCUUACAGUGGAAGACUGAUCAGUCGUGAAGUGAAACUUAUAAAUUAAAACUUGUCCAUAACUGUAAAUUCAGGCUUCUGUCACGUUUGUGUAUUUAAAUGUCUUAUGUCAUUUAAUAUUCUGUAAAUGAAACUUUUAAACUUGAGCACAAACACUUUUGACAGAAUAUUUUUGCUCCAUGCUUUUUAUAUGAAACGUAUUUUCCAUUGCUUGUAUUAGUAAAUUAACAAAUAAAGACUGCUUCAGUUGCGUAA